AUGCUCCUAGCUGGCAUCCAUGGAUUCGCCCAGUCAACGACGUCACGACCGAUCCCCGAGUUGGGGCUAGUGCACUUAUCGAUAAGCCCCAGUCUGCACGGUACCUGGCUCUACUUCACCGUGCGCCAUCUGCGCCGCAUCGUCGGCCCUGCAUUUGUACCUACAGCGUAUCACCCCAGCGCACCGCCGCCAAUGAGCGCCGAGCCUCCUUGCUCGGCAGACUUGCACCACCAACCCCUUGAAUGUGGAUCAAGGGAUCCCAGGACACCGACCAUUGGAUCGUCGAUCGUACUCGCGCCCUCGACGGUCCCGAGAACUCCGCUGAGGGGGGGUGGGGGAACCAUGUCUCAGCGUGGUUGGGCGCGGUUACUAAAUCCUGUGCAAAUGUUGACAGUCAGCCUGGCCAUCCGUCUUCGCCUCAUCUUCCCCUCCGACCUCUCUGGCGUAGCGCUGCGGUUCCUACCACCUCUCGACAACAAUAGAUCUCCGACCGAGUCCGAGGUGAACGGCCCUGAUCGACCUGCGGACUUUGCGACCGGUGGAUAA